UUUUUUUCCCUCCUCACUUAUUACUCCAGCUCUUCUUUUCCCAGAGAAUUCUCUACUCGCCAAGUCCCGCCAUCCACCUUAUAUCUAUCUACCUGUCCUGACCGGCUACAAGACCGUGCAGCAUCGCACAAGAACAUCCACGAUCCCAGACCGUAGCCUCGAAGCUGUGCCGCGAUGAUCGACUUCAGAUCGCCUGGCUUCCUCUUGGGGCUGGUGCUCCUUGUUUGUCUCGUUCAGCCGGCCGCUGCUUUUGGCGCCGGCAACAUUGCCUCUGUCUCCAAGGUCGAGGGCCAAAACUGGCGACACGGUGACAUCGAAGAUGCCUUGUUGUCCCUGGCAAUGGCCCAGGCCAUCAAGGGAGGCCGAAAGUUCAACAAGCGGACCAUCGCACGAGUCUACUUUGGCAACUGGCUGCGUGACUACUCCCAGGCCAUCGACGUGGCCACCGUCAAGAUGGUCUCUGCCGAGGCCAUCCGACUGCUCCUCUGCGUCCUCGGCUUCAUGUCUUUCGGAUACGGCUCCGGCGAGUUCGAAGUCACUGCCGAGCGCCUCGGCUGCUACCGCCCCGAAGAUCACAUCGACAACCCCAAGGGCUAUGCCGAAGGCCUCGACGCCCGCGACUUUGACCCCCGCCUGAGAGGUCCCGUUGACGAAAACGUCGAGCUUGCCAUCGACCCGGAAACUGGAAUGAAGAACUACAUUGCCAACGAGCGAGCCGGCAUCAUGACCUCUGCGAGGCACGUCCGCAACCUGUUUGGUCGAUGUAUCGAGCUGGGUCGCCGGUACAGGCGCUCGGGCAACAAGCCGGAGCUUUACGAAGCUCUCCGGCUGAUGGGAACUGGACUGCACUGCUUGGAAGCAGACUUCUUCGCCCACAGCAACUACGUUGAGCUUGCGCUCAUUGAAAUGGGCGAGCGCAACGUCUUCCCCCACGUCGGCCGCAACACUCAGAUUGAGCUGGAAGGUGCUCGUUAUCCCGUCUAUCCCAUUACGACGGGUACCUUCGGAGGUGUAGACUUCCUCCACUCUGUCACCGGUGAAGUAUCGGACAAGUUGACUCAGAAUGAAAUUGACGAACUUGAGGGAGCCCUCAACGAAGGCAAGUCCGGCGAUACUAGCCUGCUCCAGAACCUGCUCAACAACCUGCCCCCUGGCAUCUUGGGCAAUAACAACCAGGGAGAAAAGCUUGACGAGAUUCAGCACAAUGCGGCUGCCGCCCAGGAGGAAACCGAGCCCGUUUCGCCCAGAGAUCCCGAAGAGUUCACCAUCUACGUCCAGAAGAUCUACAAGCAGAUCAUGCCCGUUAUCGAAUUCCACGAUAGCAUCAUGAAGAGCAUUAGCGGUGCCAUUGAAAACAUCCCUAUCCUUCCCAAGGUCAUUGAGCAGUUGGAGGAGCAGCUCUCCAUCUUUGUCUUUUCCAUCAUUGCCCCCUUCAUCGUUCCUUUGAUUCACCAGAUUAGGAACGAGCUGCAGACCGGAUCUUCGGAGAUCAUUGAGAGCAGUAAGAAGGAGCAGCACAUUGUCUUUGAUGACGACUACUCUUCUGAUCCCACUCACUCAAUGCUUUCUAAGGAUCACUUCUCCAACAUCCUGAACGAGAUUGCUGGCCGAACUGCCGCCAGGAUGCUUCACUGGGUUGUGCCGCAGAUCAUGGAAGCUUUUGACGACGACUCGGUCGACGUUGAUCGCUUGCUGGACCGUAUCGUGACCGGUGUCAUGCACCAUCCCGCCCAGCGCGAAAUGGGCUAUGACGGUGCUGCCGAGGCGCGACAGCUCAUCUUCAACUCUGUUCAAGAGUGGUGGAGUUCCAUGAGUGAAGAGCAACAGGAGGACUACCGCCGCAAGCUCUCUCCUCGCGGCGUCAUGAACGGCGAAAACCAUAAGGAGGGCGUCCACGAUACCGGUCACGGUUGCGCAGGCAAGCUGAAGAUGCGUAAGGAGUUUGGUGAACCCGAGGGUGUUGAGGACCAGAUUGCCGGCGCAGCCGCAAACGCCAUUUUCUCAGGAGCCACCGACGCCCUGUCCGGGUUUGUCUCCCAGAAUGCUGGAAUUGAUCUUCCCUCAUCUCGACAUGAAGAGUCGAGUGGUGGUGAUCCUAUCAGCGGUCUCAUCAGCGGCAUGGCUGGCAGCCUGCUGGGAGGGGCCUUUGAAGGCUCAACUAAGAGAGAAACCAGCUACGAGACUGGACAAGAUGGCUCUUAUACCCAGCGGCAAACUGAAUACGGCCAACAGGGAGAUAGAUACGGCCAGGCCGAGUACAGCCAAACUUACCGCCCCGAUGGCGGACGCGAAACCGAAUACCGACGCACUGAGCAGCAGCAAUCGUACGGCGGAGGCUAUGGUGGCUCCAGCUACGAAGAGAGGCGCGAGACUCACGAGAGCUCCUACGGAUCGUAUGAGCAGCACACCGAACGACGCGACGAUUCUGACGAUGGAUCAGGGAAGGAAUACGGGGACCGUGAAGAAAGCAGCCGCCAUCAUUCGAGCUACGAACGCCGCGACGAAGACAGCUACGGUAGCGGCGGCUACGGACGUCGUGACGAAGACAGCUAUGGCAGCGGCGGCUACGGCCGACGCGAGGAGGAUAGUUAUGGUAGCGGUGGCUACGGACGCCGCGAGGAGGAUAACUACGGCAGCAGUGGCUACGGACGCCGCGAGGAGGACAGCUACGGCGGCGAAUACGGAUCCCGAGAGGAGGGCGGCUACGGCAGACGACACGGCCACCGCCGCGACGACGACGAUGAGGCCGAAGACGACGAGUACAGGUCCCGAGAUCGCGGCGGCAACAGCGGCGGUUAUAGGUUCUAG